GGGUUGGUGCCUCUGAGACUGAGGAGAGACUUCUCCACAAGUUGUUUGACUCCUACAAUCUCAAUGUGCGACCAGCGCAGGCAGCAGACGAGAGAGUGACGGUGAGAGUGGGGAUGACCCUCUCACAGCUGAUCAGCCUGAAUGAAAAGAGUGAGGAAAUGACCACCAACGUCUUCAUGAAUCUGGCCUGGACGGAUUAUCGACUGAGGUGGGACCCAAAGGAUUACAGAGGUAUUGAUGUUCUUCGGAUUCCCUGCGGCAAAGUGUGGCUCCCUGACAUCGUGCUGCUGAACAAGUUAGUGACGUUGUUACGCAUACCGAUAGAGAACGGCGAGUGGCAAAUCCAGCACAAACCCUCGCGCAAGAACUUCCUGAGUCACGACCCGAGCUAUGAGGACAUCACCUUUUACCUCAUCAUCCAGCGCAAGCCCCUCUUCUACAUCGUGAACAUCAUCAUUCCCUGUGUCCUCAUCAGCAUUUUGGCCAUCUUGGUGUUCUACCUCCCUCCUGAUGCAGGUGAGAAGAUGACUCUCUCAAUCUCCGUACUGCUGGCCCUCACUGUUUUCCUGCUGCUGCUGGCUGACAAGGUUCCAGAGACCUCACUGGGAGUCCCCAUCAUCGUCAACUACCUGAUGUUCACCAUGAUCCUGGUCACCUUCUCAGUCAUCCUCAGUGUGGUGGUCUUAAACCUUCACCAUCGUUCCCCAACCACACACGCCAUGCCC